AUGGCGGGGCGACAGCGCGGCCAGCUUGUCUACUGGGAGAAACAGGGGGCUGAUAGGAUGUGCGCCUUGCACUGCCUGAACUCCGUUCUUCAAGGGCCGUACUUCACUGAAUCAGAACUGUCUGCCAUUGGACUAGAACUCGACAAGAAGGAACGACAGCUCAUGGCUGAAGGAGGUGUACAGUCAGAAGACUACCAGGCUUUCUUGGCUGAAGGGAGCGGAAAUGUCGCGGCAGAUGGGUAUUUCAACGUAAGCGUGUUGAUAGAGUGCUUGAGAAGAAAGCGUAUCCACUGUAUCUGCCAGAAAGACGUGGGAGAACACGAAGAGCCCGGAAUCGAUUUUGGCUACAUCCUCAACCACGCAGACCACUGGCUUGCACUGCGGAGGGUUCAUGGAAUGUGGUAUAACCUCGAUAGCAUGAAGCCUGCACCUACAGUUAUAUCUACUUUCCACCUGGCUGCAUUCCUAAGUUCUCUUACAGGACAAGGCUAUACUGUUUUUGUAGUACGCCCAGAGGUCGGAGAUCUCCCAGCCCCCGGAGUUAUGCAAACACGCAGCAAUAACCAAUUCUAUCUCACACAGAAAGAAAUCGAUGAGAGGCACAAGCAGGCAGCAGAACAGGCAGUUAAAGAUGCGGAAGAUGCUCAGCGGGUGGCAAGUGGCUUGAAUAAUGUGAGUGCACAGUCAGUCAGCAGCAACAACGACGUCAGGAAACACCUUUUUAGCCAAAGUCCCGCGUGGGAAGGAGCCUCACGUCUGGCCGGAGGGGCAGGGCUAGUAAGCAAACACCGUUUUCAAAAUCACACCCUUAUACCACUUGCUGUGGCACCCACCGGAACGGAAGAUACUCUAGAAGACCCUGAGUUGCAGGAGGCCAUUCGUUUGUCCAUGGAAUGCUACAGGAAAGAAGGUGCAGUGGUCACUGAACUGAGCUUGGGAUCGUUGGACUUCCAAGCGCAAGAGCAGUUGAUGCUGCAGCUUUGA